AUGGUCUCUCCAGGGCCUUCUGAUACCGCGAGGGACGGAUUUCCCCGGCAUGUUUCAUCAAGCGCGAACGUGACACGCCGCCUUCACCCGCUUCCACAACCCCGUGCGAAAAGGCAAAGGAUCUUAGAUCCACAAGCACCCAAUGACAGUUUGGAUAAGGCACUUGGCUUUUUGCAUAAUGAAUACGAACGUCAUGCAGCCGCUACUCAAUCUUUCCUGCCAGAAAUUACACCUUCUGUCAUACGAAAGUCGAUUUCCAGUUAUGAAGAAAUGACCUCAAAUGCUUCGAAAAGAUCGGUGUGUGCUUCUUGUGGUAAGCUCGUACCAGAUGCUGAUAUUGUUCCUGUUGAUGAUGGUGAUCCUUUGCUCUUACCUCUCGGGAGUGCUCUCGAUCGCUGUGGUCAGCGUGAGCGCACCUGGAAUGUGUGCUUAUCCUGCCACAAAGCCCUUAUUCGAGGGGUUACCCCUAAGUUCUCUGCAAAGAAUCUCGUCAACGUGACUCUCUGCCAGGACUACCCGUCUGUACUAGACGACCUCACUCUGACUGAGGAGUGCGUCAUUGCAAGAUGCCACCCUCUGGGAGUCAUUGUAAAAUUGCGUCCAGGGGGCCGGCGAUCUUCUAUCAGCCAUCGUGCGCUGCGAGGUCAUUUUAUUGUCAUUCCACAGGACCCGGGUCCGCUGCUUCAAAUUCUGCCAAGCCCACAGUUGAGAUUGGAUAGCCUGAUCAAGGUUUUCUGGUUAGGUGAUCGACCACCAACGUAUGAGGACCUAAGUCCAUUUCUUGUUAUACGUAGAGUCAAAGUUCUCGCUGCGUUGCAAUAUCUCGUUCGACACAAUCAUCUGUAUCAGACAUUGACCAUUAAUCAAUCGAUGAUAGACAACUGGAGUGAUGAGUUCAUCCCACCGGAGCUGCAGGAUAAUAUUAUCCACCUUGACAAGUCCGACCAUCAGGAACGUGAAGGGUACACGGUUGACCUAGCACAGGGUAACUACGAGAAUGAUCUCCAAGCAGCACAAAAUGAAAGUGUUGAUUCCAACGACUGUGGCCUCUUCCUGACUGGUUCCGUUUCUACUGACAUCAAUGGAGAGCGCCAGAACUCUGACUUGCGCAUGUUGCACACCUUACUUAAUGUGGUUGGCAGCGGAUCCCAUCCAUCCGAACAAGAUUUGGAAAGGCCCAAUCCUGUACAGGAAUGCCCUACAGCCGGUCAAAGAAUCCCAGUAGUCUCUUACAGGACUCAUGGCCAAGUUGCAUUGAUGAAUCAUUGGUCAGAUCCUUAUUAUUUUACUGCUGCGUUUCCCACCUUAUUUCCAAUGGGAGUCGGAGGCCACCUAGACGAGCGCAAUAUCCCAGUGUCCCUGAGUGCUCUUGCUGAAUGGGCUUUGAGUCACCACAGCAGAAGGUUCGCCCGCCACAAAACUUUUAUGUACCUAUUAUUUGAUAUCUUGCAGCUCCGAAGAUCGUCACUUGGCAACGCAUUUCUGGUAAAACGACGCUAUUGGAGAUCGGCGGCACACGACAUCGCUUCUUUGACGGUGGCCCAACUUCAAAAUGCCGCCCAAGAGAUAAAGGCUGGCCAGACCGUCGAAGACCCUGUCAUUCGACGGCUUCAACAACACAUUGUAACCAUUGGCAUGCAUGUUCCUGGAUCAUUCUCGCAAAAGCUGAGGAUGCGGUCUGAGAUUCGGGGGUUAAUUGUCCGAUAUGGAAUGCCCGCCUUUUGGAUCACAAUUAACCCCUCGGACUUGCGAAAUCCUCUAGUUCUCAUGCUCGCUGGUGUGGAUGUCCCGGGAGAUAAUGUCAGCGCUGCAAAUGCCGCGAUCCGUGACGCUGUAGCUACCUCCAACCCGGUUGCUGUUGCUGAUUUCUUUCAUUGUGUCUGCCAAGCGAUCCUGCGUGGCCUCCUGGCCACUAACUGCAACCACGUCGGAGUCCUUGGAAAUCUUUCGAAUCAUUAUGGGGUUGUGGAAACCAAUGGUCGAGGGAUGCUACAUAUGCAUGCGCUCCUCUGGGUCAGAGGCAACCUUGCCUUUACCUCUUUACGGGACCGCCUUCUCAAAGAUAGCGAGUUCGCUGCUCGUAUGAUUCGCUACCUUGAGGCGACCAUCGUGGAAGGCAUCGAUGAGGACGUUCCAUAUAAUCCAGAGGUAAGCCUUCCUAGCACGCCACCUUCUGCCAAGGAGCGAGAAACCGACGCCGAGUUCUUUCUGGGCUUGUCGUACGACAGCAACGCUGUGGCGCGCAGAACACAGAUGCAUUCCAGACAUCAUCUUUCGACCUGCUUCAAAUAUCGACAACGAGGCUCAGGUAAAGAGACUUGUCGUUUCGGCAUGCCCCGUGAUCUACUUCCCGUCUCCAAAGUGGACGAGUUUGGCUUGAUUCACCUCGCUCGGAAUCAUGCGUGGACUAACCCCUGGAACCCCGCCAUUGCUAGCUGCCUUCGUUCUAAUCAUGAUGUCUCUUGGAUUCCCACAGUCUCCAAAUCCUUGUCUCUGCUUUACUACAUCACCAAUUAUGCCACAAAAGACGACGUCUCCCCGUGGCAGAUGGUGGCAAAAGCUGCCUUGUUGAAACAGCGCAUUGAAAGGGCAGAGACUUCUGAAUUACCAACCAGAACCGACCUGAGACUUCGAGAGAAGGGCUUGGACAAUUUUGCGCUACGCUGCUUCAAUACCCUCUCACACGAUCGGGAAGUCAGUGGCGUCCAGGUGGCAAGUACCUUGCUCAACCUGCCAACUCACUACACGGUCAGCUAUAACUUCAUCCGCAUCAAUCUGUGGUGGCUAAGGCGAUAUAUACGUGACCUAAUCCAACCUGUCAGCAUUGACGUCGGCGAAUCUUCUGACCCUAUAGCUGAAGGACCAUGCACCUAUGAAGCCGGCGCCACUGCCCCUGUCAGCGUCUUUGACAACUAUAAAUUGCGUGGGCAGCAGCUUGCGUGUCUGACACUCUUCGAGUACUGUAUGCUAGUACGGAUUACGAAUGUACGAGAUGCGAUCGCAGACGAUGUUGACUUUGACUCGUCGCACCCUCAAAGCAAUACCCAUGUGCAACGUCUGGCUCGCACCUCAUCUCAGGUCGCCACCGUCACCUUUAACGGACAGAUAACUGAAUUCCAAGCCUCAGAGGACGCCGUUCCCGGGGGCCAUUGCAAGACGGCCGCAAACAUGAAUGACUUGGCGGAGAUCUUACUGGGGUUAUUCGUUCCAUGGUGCCAGCUGCCAGCGCUUUUUCAAAAGCACGCCAAUGCUGUGCCGACGAAACGCGACGCUUGCUCCCGAAUAUGGAAAACUGUAGAGCCAACCCUCGUGUCGCAUCUCCGAACGUUUGCAGCGAAUGUUGAACUCCUACGUAAGUCCAGAGAAGACAGUUACGCUGACGCAAAGCUUCGACAAGCACCCAUCCCAGUUGAUAGCUUAUUCGACCGCGAUAUUGAUGAGCUCGAAAUCGACAAUGUUGAUUCUGAUCUUGACGACUCCUUUAUGAAUCUGGAUGAUAGUGUUAGCAUCGAGACUCUAAUUCAAAGCUUUCGCUCUUUUGAGAGAGUGAAAUGGAUUCGGAAUUUGGGGGGGGGGGGGUUGAAGUAUAUCUAA